AGACGCGCGCGCUCCGACAGUGCACUGCAGACUAGGAGCAGCUUUGAAACGCACUUCACUCAGCGCUACAACACCAUGGCUCCCUACACACUCACAUACUUCGCAGUCAAAGGCAGAUGUGGUGCUUUGAAGAUCAUGCUGGCGGACAAAGACCAGCAGCUGAAGGAGAACCUGGUGACCUUUGAAGAGUGGAUGAAGGGCGACUUGAAAGCCACCUGUGUCUUUGGGCAGUUGCCUAAAUUUGAAGAUGGUGACCUGGUGCUGUUUCAGUCCAACGCCAUGCUGAGACAUCUGGGUCGAAAACAUGCUGCAUAUGGCAAAAACGACAGUGAGGCUUCCCUCAUUGACGUGAUGAACGACGGCGUUGAAGAUCUUCGCCUGAAGUACAUAAAGCUGAUCUACCAGGAAUAUGAGACCGGUAAAGAAGCGUUCAUCAAAGAUCUGCCCAACCACCUCAAAUGCUUUGAAAAUGUUCUGGCCAAAAACAAAACCGGAUUCCUGGUUGGUGAUCAGAUCUCAUUUGCAGACUACAACCUGUUCGAUCUCCUGCUGAAUCUGAAGGUGCUUUCUCCCUCCUGUCUGGACUCUUUCCCGUCUCUCAAGAGCUUCGUGGACAAGAUCUCUGCCCGUCCCAAAGUCAAAGCUCUGCUGGAGUGCGAGAACUUCAAGAAACUGCCCAUCAACGGCAACGGCAAACAGUAAAUCAACACUAGACAACGUCGGUACAACAUUCUCCAACAACGACACUUACUGCUAAAACAGCCUUAACUGGUGCUCAAUGAUUUGCUUGAUGUCUCAUGUCUUUGUAUGGAAAUCUAUUUUGUAUGUCUUACUGUUUUGAUAGUUUUUACUAACAGAAAUUCCAUGUAUCAGUUAUUCUGAAUAAUAAAAAAAAAAAACGUAA